AUGUUACAACCAUUAGAUCAACAAUUUGUCAAUAAUUCUAGUAUAACAGUUAAUAGCAAAGAUUUUUUUGAUGAUUAUAUUUUAUUGAACCAUGAAAGAAUAGAAAAAACUUCUCUAGAUGUUAAACUAUGUAAAUGGAUAGUUGAUUUUCAUGUUUCACAUAACUGUGUAAAUGCUCUCUUAUUAAUUUUAAGAUCAGAAGGCCUUGAUCUCCCUAAAGAUACUCGAACUUUAAUAAAAACUCCUAAACCAAAUGAUCAUACUAUUAUAAGUAUUCAUCCAGGAUCGUAUAUACAUCUUGGUAUCGAAUUUAUGUUGUCUAAAUUCAUAACUGCACAUCUGGAACAUUUUAAAAAUGACCAAAUACAACUAGCAAUGAAUGUUGAUGGUUUGCCUCUAACGUCUAGUUCAAAAUCAAGCCUUUGGCCCAUUCUUAUAUCAUUUGUAAAUGUACAAAAUGUAUCACAAACUGUAAUUCCAGUAGGACUGUACCAUGGAAAAUAUAAAAAGCCAACUUCAAGUAAUGAUUACCUUAGACCGUUUAUAGAUGAGAUGAAACACUUUUUAUCUACUGGUAUAACUAUAAAUAAUAACAUUUUUAAAUUUGAAUUAGUUCAGGUUGUAUGUGAUGCCCCAGCGAAAGCUUUUGUUUUAAACGUUAAAGGCCAUAAUGCAUAUCAUGGAUGUAAUUCAUGUACAGUCGAAGGAGAUUUUAUUCAUAAUCGAAUGGCAUAUUUAGAUAUGAACGCACCUUUAAGGACAGAUCAGUCAUUUCGUACAAAAAUAGAUGAAUUUUAUCAUAAAGAUGUUAGCCCACUUGAAUACUUGCCCAUUGAUAUGACUUCUUCUGUUGUAUUAGAAUAUAUGCACAAUGUUUGUUUGGGUGUUAUGAAGAGGUUAUUGGCAUUUUGGGUAAAAGGUAACAAAUCAGUGCGUCUUGACAAUCCUGAAGUUAUUUCUGAUGAAUUAAAUAAAAUAAAAUCAUUUUUUCCUGUUGAGUUUAACCGUUUACCAAGGACUUUAGAAGAAUUUGAGUACUGGAAAGCUAGUGAAUUUAGAACAUUCCUUAUUUAUACAGGACCAAUUGUCUUAAAAGGACGAAUAAAAAACUCUUUUUAUAAACAUUUUAUGCUUUUAAGUUGUGCCAUAAGAUUGUUAAUUUCCUUUAAAACUGCAUAUACUUAUAAUAAUUUUGCUAAAAUGUUAUUAAGACAAUUUGUAACUGAAUAUUCUGUACUCUACGGUAAAGAAUAUGUAGGUUACAAUGUACAUGGCCUUAUUCAUAUUUGUGAUUUUGUGUUACUGCAUGGAAACUUGGAUGCUUUUUCUGCAUUCAAGUACGAAAAUUAUUUACAGUUUGUAAAAAAAAGUUGCAAAAAUGCUAGAUAUCCUCUUCAAGAUACGUAUAACCGUAUAAUAGAACAAAUCAAUACUACGUCAACUUGUACUGUAAAAAAAUAUCCUAUCCUCAAAAAUGAAAUAGAUUAUGAUCCUUCAAUUAAAAUUGAAGUAAUGAAGUAUAAUACAUCUAUAGUAUUUCAAAAUCCCAUUUCGUCAGAUAUUAUAAAAAUAUUUUAUACUCAUGAAAUUAUUCCAAAGCCUCCUUUAACUUCAAUUGAUGUUGACUCUAUAGAAUAUAAGUGUUUUUCAUUUCCAAUAAAUGACCAUAAGUCAAUUGUUUUAGCAUUACUGCAUUCUACAUAA